UUAGAGAGAGAGAGAGAGAGAGAGAGAGAGAGAGAGCGGUUGCUGCUAAGAAGUUAAUCUGGGAAAAACUUGUCGAAUCGCUUUUACAUUUGUAGGUUUUUUGUAAAUUACAGUUUACUUUGAAGAACAGAAGCUUAAUCCGCCAAAAAAGAUCUCGAAUAUAUAAGUGAAGCGAUGACAUGUGGGUCAAGUGUUGGUGCUUUCUCCCUUUUGGGCAAAGCAGAAACAACAACUCUGUUUUUAACAUCUUAACUGUUAUCGCAUCAUUUAGGGUUUUGAAAAAUGAGAGAUUUUGCUUGAUUUGUGGGGUUUAGAAGAGGGAUUUUGAUAAAAAUGGGGGCAAUUGGAGGAGAAGAGUUGUUGAAUUGGGAGAAAAUGGAUAAUGGAAGAGAGGAGAAGAUUCUUGUUUUGGUGAGAUUGAGGCCUUUGAAUGAUAAAGAAAUUUCAAGAAAUGAUGUUUCAGAUUGGGAGUGUAUCAAUGAUACAACGAUUCUUUUUAGGAAUAGUUUGCAGGAAAGAUCCAUGUUCCCUACUGCAUAUUCAUUUGACAGAGUAUUUAGUGGUGAUGCAACAACUAGGCAAGUGUAUGAUGAAGGAGCUAAAGGGAUUGCACUUUCGGUUGUUAGUGGCAUCAAUUCAAGUAUUUUUGCAUAUGGGCAAACGAGUAGUGGAAAGACAUACACAAUGAUGGGGAUAACAGAGUACACUGUGGCCGAUAUAUACGAUUAUAUGCAAAAACAUGAAGAAAGGGCAUUUGUUUUGAAAUUUUCGGCUAUAGAAAUCUAUAAUGAAGCCAUAAGAGACCUUUUAAGCACAGAAAAUAUUCCACUUAGGGUGUUAGAUGAUCCAGAGAAAGGGACAAUCAUAGAGAGACUCACAGAAGAAACUCUAAGGGAUUGGAAUCAUCUCAAGCAACUAUUAUCUAUUUGUGAAGCUCAAAGAAAAGUGGGAGAGACAUCUCUCAAUGAAACAAGUUCAAGAUCUCACCAAAUCCUUAGAUUGACGAUUGAGAGUUCAGCUCGUGAGUUCAUAGGGAAGGAUAAGUCAACAAAACUAACAGCUAGUGUGAACUUUGUUGAUCUUGCUGGAAGUGAAAGAGCAGCUCAGGCAUUAUCUGUUGGACAAAGGUUGAAAGAAGGUUGCCAUAUAAAUCGUAGCUUAUUGACACUAUCCACAGUCAUAAGGAAACUAAGUAAAGGAAAACACGGGCAUGUGAAUUAUCGGGAUUCAAAGCUGACACGGAUACUACAACCGUGUUUGGGUGGAAAUGCAAGAACUGCAAUUAUUUGCACUUUAAGUCCUGCUCGAGAGAAUGUUGAGCAAUCUAAAAGCACUCUUUUAUUUGCAAGUUGUGCAAAAGAAGUUACUACAAAUGCACAAGUCAAUGUUGUAAUGUCUGAUAAGGCUUUGGUCAAACAUUUACAAAAAGAAUUAGCUCGAUUGGAAAACGAGCUAAGAACACCCGCACCUCCCGAUUAUACAUCACUCUUAAGAAAAAAAGAUCAACAAAUCGAAAAGUUGGAGAAAGAAGUGAGGGAUCUUAUCAAGCAAAGAGAUCUUGCCCAAUCACGGAUUGAGGAGUUGCUGCUAGCUGUUCGCAAUGAUCAAACUUCAACACAAUGGAAUGGAAACACAUAUGAAAACGAAUAUUCGGCAUCGGAAUCUUCAAGUGUUAAGUUAUCGCGUUCAAUUCCGCCGGAAGGAAACCGGAAUUCACCAUCGCCGUCGAACGACGUGUGCAAGGAGGUCCGAUGUGUGGAAACAGACGAAUCCACCAACAAUCAAUUACCGUCGGAAUCACAAUCGCCUCCCGUUUCCAAUGAAGAAACGGAAUCGGAAUCAGUCUCGGGUCCCACUGCAAGACCCCAAUUCCGAAACCGCAUCAACAUCGGGGCAUUGGAGCAAAACUUUCAAGAUCUACAAAACACGAUAAAUUCUCUAGUCACACCACCGGAAGAACCCUACGAAGAACAAGAAGUACAAUCACAAAUAUCAAAUUCCACGAGUUUUAGGUUAAUGAAAAGCCGGAGUUGUAGAGCGAAUCUUAUGACGAGUUCUUCACCACCGGAAUUUGAGAACACCCCGCCUAAUGAUUUUGAAAAAGGGUUUCCGGGAAGACCGGAGAGGAAGCUGUGGGAACUGCCGCCACCGGAGUAUGGUGGUGCCGCUAGUGGAGGGUUGUUGAGAAGUGACUCACAGUCGUCUCUUGGAAGUACUUUAUUGGAUGAGGCAAUUGCUCGGAAGGGGAAAACAUCUGGAGAAGAAGAUAUUCCUAGUGUAGAUACGUUUGUUGCAGGAUUGAAGAAAAUGGCAAAACUUCAGUAUGACCAGGUUAAUAAUGAUGGAGGUGAUGGUUUGGGGAAGAACAUGAAAAGCAUAGGAUUGGAUUCAAUUACUGGUUCACCUCCUGCUGAUUGGCCUCAACAAUUUGCAAGACAACAAAAAUCAAUACUUGAACUUUGGCAAUCAUGCAAUGUUUCUUUAAUUCAUAGGACAUAUUUUUUCUUGCUUUUUAGAGGUGAUCCCAUGGAUUCUAUUUACAUGGAGGUUGAGGUUAGAAGGCUUUCAUUUCUCAAGGAAACUUUUUCAAAGGGAAAUCCAGCCAUUCAAGAUGGACACACUCUAACAUCUGCAUCAAGCAUCAAAGCUCUAAGAAGAGAGAGAUCAAUGUUAAGCAGACUGAUGAACAAACGGUUUUCUGAAGAAGAAAAGAGGAAACUUUAUGAAAAAUGGGGAGUGAAUCCAAACUCAAAAAGGAGGAGGCUGCAGUUGAUCCACACCCUGUGGAGCAACACAGAGGAUCCAAACCAUGUACAAGAUAGUGCUUCAAUAGUUGCAAAGUUGAUCAGGUUCUCAGAACAAGGUCAGGCCCUUAAGGAGAUGUUUGGGCUUAGUUUCAGCCCACCAAAAAUGGUCAGGAGAUCAUUGGGUUGGAAACACAGCAUGGCAUCACUCUUGUAAAAGUCAAAGGUUUUAUAAGUUGACUUCUGGUGGGUGAACAGAUUGACAAAAAAGUAAGAGCAUUUUAACCGAUACUUGUUUAGUAGAAUGAAAUUGGAUUUGGGUCAUUGCUGCAUGGAUUCGAAUUUACUGAUUUGGGUUUGGUAUUCUUAGUGUAAUACUACAAGUUUUAUGUUUGACUUUUGGGUUUUGUGAACUUGGGCAGAUGAUUGGUGCUUGUUUUAGUAAGUGAUAGAAUGGAAGUGGGUUUGAACGGUUGUUGAUUGUCAAGCAUAUAUUAAUUAGAAUUGUCACUUUUGUGUUUGUUGUUGAUAA